CAAAAAUUGAUGAAACCUCGUCAAUAUAGGGAGUAAAAUAAUUUAGCAAAUUAAAAUUUCCGUUGCUACCCUCGCCGAUCUAGGGACUGAACUUUCCGGCGAAGGACAGACUUCACUCUCUGGAUUAAACCUCGCCGCCAAGUUAGUGAAAUGGAUCGAGGCUUAGAUAACGGAGCAGAAGCAGUAGUGAUAGGAGGAAUGGUGCUUGACGUUAAUGCUACCCCUUCCACAGCUACUAAUCGAGGAACCACUGCUCCUGGAAAGAUUCGCUAUGCAUUAGGUGGUGUAGCAAGAAAUAUUGCGGAGUGCAUGUCAAAGCUUGGAGCAAAGCCUUACAUGAUAAGUGCUGUGGGAUUUGACUUGGCAGGAAAUAUGCUCUUGGAACCUUGGAGAGCUGCAGGAUUAUCUGUAGAAGGCAUCAGGAGAAGCAAGGAUAUUGAAACAGCUACAGUCUGCAUUGUAUUUGAUGGUGGGGGAGAACUGGCUGCUGCUGUCGCUAGCGUUGAAUCAAUUAUCACCUAUACCUCACCCAAUGAAGAUGAGCUUAUAGCUAUGGCAAAUGCUUUGUCUUCUAGUGAUAAAUUCUUACCGGUGCAAAGGGAUGGCAAGAGCGCCAGGACUUCCAUUAAAUCGUUGUUUGAAAGGCUAAAGCCUGCAAUAUGGGUUUUGCUGGAGGAAGGUAUCAAAGUAGUAUUGGUCACACUUGGACCACAUGGGGUAUUCUUAUGCUUCAAAGCCGUAGAUGGCAUAAAGAAACACGACCCCUCUAAAAACAGUCCCUUUUCUUUCAGCAGAAAACUAUAUGAAGCUGUAAAUGUAAGUUUCCCACCAGAUAGAAUCUUAGGUACUCCCAAGUCGAAGGGAAACUAUUACGUAGCUGUACAUUUUCCUGCACUCCCUGCUUCUGUAGUUACGCUUGUUGGCGCUGGUGAUUGCUUAGUUGGUGGUAUGUUAGCUUCGGUUUGCGUUGGUUUAGAUAUAAUGCAGAGCGUAGCAGUUGGGAUGGCAGCAGCAAAAGGGGCCGUUGAAACAGAGAGCACCGUCCCCGUGGAGUAUCAAUUGGCCAGAAUUGCAGAUGAUGCGGGUGCUAUCUACUCUGAAGCAAAAGUUAUCUACUGUGAGUCAAAGUUAUGACAUGUUGGAUCGAUAACUGUGGUCAGUGUUGUCUGUUUCUUGAAUCAUUGAUAUGUACAUCUUCAUUUGUGCUCUUGUAAUGGAAGUAUACGUUUUUUCUUGA